AUGAAGGAAAGUCAGUUCUCCGUUGAGGAUCUCCCCACCAAGUCCGUUGCCUCCCAUCCUAUUCUAGCAACCAUCACGCGUGAAUUCCCUGUCUGUGUCUUGCCCGGUCCUUUCACGAUCACCAUCAACAACAUCGACCACAAGGUCGAUCCCGAUUCCAUCCGCGUUGAAGGCUCCGGCCCUGUCAAAGUUAUAGACAUCCAGCAUGCAAUCAUUCACCGAGAUCCGUCCGCCUGCAAACCACCCUCUGAUCAAAAGGCCUAUGACCCAGCCAGAGACCCCGAUAAUAUAAAAAGGCACCCCUUCAACUCCAUUGAAGAACUGACGUGGGCCGAAGAUGACGAGUUGUAUCGAGCCAGUCGUCUAAGUCAAGAGAGGCAGCUUAUGGGUUAUGCUGGAUAUAGUGCGCAAUAUCCUCCUUUGGGCUUUUCAGAACCAACGAUUCGGAAAGGGGAGGAUCCGAGUAUGUGGGAAGAACGGAAUCAGAAAUCUGAUCCGAAACAGUCGGCCUUGGACCAGUCCUGCCAGGUAGUUAUGCAUCUGGAAGGGCAAAUGACUGCUCCUGCCUCCGCCUCGAGCCCUGACACUCUUGGUAAUGAAGAGGAAGAUCAGGCGGAAGGAAAGGCUCAGAGCAAUGAAGUGAUAUUGCGAUUGAUCUAUACAGUUCCGGCGAAAUCGGAACUUAAGCUUCACGACCUCAACCUUAAUACGCUCACCUCCUCGGCCAAGAUAAGGCACUAUGCCCAGCUAACGCUGCCGACUCCGCAGACACACACGUCGUGUCUGGAGGAACAGUUUCCAUCAUUGCAAUUAUUUGAUCAGGCCUCCAUACCACCUGAAACCAGUUUGUUCUCGCCUUCUGUGUCAGCACUGGGGAUCCCAGAAUCAACAUUCCCCUUCCCUGAUGUUUCCCACUCAGGCGAUCUGUUUACGGAUUUCACAGCCGAUGAAAGGAUGAAUGGGAUGGAAAAGGACUUUUACCCCCUUGACGGUAAGGUGCCCGAGUCGAUCAGCCAGGGUCAUGGCUUGAGUGCUGAGCUGGAUCUCCAGGCUUCAUUCACCCAAGCAAUAGUGCCCAAGAAGCAUGUUUCAGCGUGUCUUCGUGCGAAGAUACAGAAUACUUUGCCUGUCAAUAUUGGAAAAGGUGAAAUGAGCUUAACCGUUAACGGCACCUGUCUCAGCAAGUCCCCAGUGCCAAGUUGCGUGCGCAACGAAUCCUUUGAGCUCAACUUUGGGGUGGACCGGUUCGUCAAGGUAACCUAUAAGGAACCUGGUAUAACACUGGCUACAGCCGACGAAUACUUGAAGCAAAGUACUACAUAUACCGAAGCGUCAUGCAAGGUCAAGAAUACAAGAGCCCAUGCUGUCAAUGAUUUGGUAUUGGAUCAGGUGCCAGUCAAUGUGGACGAUCACUUUGAUUUUGAGAUUGUGACGCCAGAGACCUUGAAGGUUCCCGAGGAUAAGGUGGAUUUGACGGCGCCGGGAGUGUCGGGAAAGAAGACUGUGGAGCUGAGCGUGAUGGAGAGAUCAGAUGGGAAGUGA